AUGGCGCUGGUUAUAAACCGGGCCACCCGGACCCGCGCGGAGCUGAGCCCACGGAGGGCGCCUGCGGAGCCGUCGGAGGGAGACCGCGGGGCCACCAGUGUCCGUGUCGCUGCCCACCCACCCUGCCCCGGGCCAGACCCCAUCCCUAAUGCUACCACGGAACGUUCCUGUGUGCAAGACACUGCUGCGGCCUCCUGCCGCGGGGAGGAGGCCGCCUCCCGCACCGAGCGCGGCGCCCGCUCACUAGCGUCAGCAGGAGCAGGCAGCGGUCACCCGAAGUGGCAGCAGAAUGGCGCGCGCAGGGUGGAGACUCUGGGCAACAUGACGGAGCUGCUGGACAUACUCCAGAGAGGUUUCCAGGAGGAGGUCUACCAGUACACGUGUGGCCACCUGAACCCUAACAGGCUCUACAGGCCACCCGAGAUCAUCCUCCAGCACUGGCGCAAUUCCAGCAGACCCAGGAGCACCCCGGCGCCCCGGGACGCCACCUCGGGAGCGCGGAGGCCGCUCUGCCAGGCGUCGGAGAAGAUGAGAGACGCCUUGGCCUAUUUCACCAUCAACACAGCCUUGCAUCCGGACGGCGCGCAGAACACACGGCUGCUCAGGUAUCUGCCCCUAAAAGGAAGUACUUCCUUCACCGCCCGAAAGGAUUUCCUCACGCAGAAGAUUCUGGAAGAGGUAAAGGAGCGGAGGGUGGACUUCCCAAGCACCCGCAGGAGAGAGGAGCUCCGGCUGCCCGAUAUGAGGGUACUAAAGCGACGGCCGGUGACGUCCAGCCGCCAGUGCGCCACGGAGCCCCCGGACAAGGACUCCUACCAUUACAUCUCCACCUACUUAGCCGGGAUCACCAAGGCUGACAGGUACCGAAUGCUCUGGACUUUCCAAAGAGAAGUCCUGGCAAAGCAGGAUCUCUACAAGAGUGAUCUCAGAGGGAGCAAAGUGGCACAGGAGCACGAGAAGAAGCUGAAGAAGGAGCUCCAGGAUGUAUGCCAGUGCGACCCUCUGCAGCUCAGCAGGCUGUAUGUCUUUGGGGAAGUCUUCAAGGACAUCUGCAACAGCUCUCUGAUAUUUGGGGACCUCUUGAAAGAAGUGAAGGAUGAAUAUGAGCUGUACAUGGCAAUCCUCCUGAUGACCCAGCCCACGGAAGAAUGUAAGACUCUUCUGGAUCAAGUCAAAGGGCUGGAGAAGAGCCCUGUGCACGCGAGGGACAUCGGGAAGGCCAGGGAGGAGCUGAGGACGCUGGCGAAGGCCACCAGAGCAGCCUUGGAGCACAAUGACAAACUCAAAAAUGAUUUAGAAAUGGAGCACCUGUUGCUACAGUCUGCUAAAGAUAAAAUGGAAGCAUUUGAGAAAAACCUUAAUAAUGAGGACCAACUUACUCUUACUGAGAAGGUUGAAAAGAGGAGAUGUGAAAUUCUUAAUAUGUGGGAUAAAAUCCAAGAUCUUGGUAAACAACUUAAAACAACUUUGGUGCAUACUGGAGUUUCAAAUAUCACUGAGAGUGGAAUUAAAAGCCUAGUGAAUGAAGCUACAAGAUUGGAAACAACAAAUAGGAUUCUAGAGAAGAAAAUCCAAAACAUUGAAAGCCAUGUGAAGUUGAUGAUAGGGAAGAGCAACAUUCCUGUGGUGGAGGAGAGGAGGCUCUGGGAGUUCAUUGAGGAUUACACGACCCUGCAGGAGCCCCGCCAGCCGGAAGAGCAGCCGGAAGAGCCCGACUGGGACGGGUCUCCCCGCGGCCAGGAGGGCACGGGCGGCCUGGGCUCCCGGGAUGCAGGUCGGAUGGCCUGGGCUUCCGGGAGUGAGGCGGGAGGUCCACGCUUCCGGGAGGGAAGUGGAUGGCCUGGGCUUCCGGGAGUGAGGCGGGAGGUCCACGCUUCCGGGAGGGAAGUGGAUGGCCGGGGCUUCCGGGAGUGA